AAUCAUUGAAAAAAAGACUCUUUCUGUCGGUCUGUCUCUGUCUGGCAAUCUCUCAAUAUCAAAAUCAGCAGAUCCAUUGAGAGAGAAAAACUGAGAAUGAGGAGGCCUACGAGCAAAUUCAACCGACGCCUCCUUGGAUAAGGUUAAAGUUACUAUAUUUUAAGGUGUUGGAGAAUGAUGAAAGGAUGCAAUUUUCAUAUACUGAAAGGAACCCAUGUUUCUGUUGCUCUUCUUACUCUUGGUUUUGUAACUAUAAUGCUUUGGGCUUGGGAGAAGAAUCCUCUCCUUGCUACCCUUUUAUUAGCCCAACAAAGUUUUAGAUUCCCUUCUUCAGUUUUCUUGCUGCACUUAGAGUUUCUUGCGGAUGCACCAAAUAAUUCGUCAGUUUCCAGGAGCCCUAAAGGGCAUACAGAGGAAGUAAAUAAGUCAAUUUUGACAAAAGAAGCAGAAAGGCCAGGAGAACAUCGUAAUGCCUAUUCAUCAACAUCUAUAACCACGUUCACUUCUGAAGUUAAAGAUAAUGAUGCUGAGGAGUUAUCCUCCACAAAUGCAGAUUGCAAUUAUGCCAAGGGUAGAUGGGUUGCUGACAGCCGGCAGCCAUUUUAUUCUGGGAUUGGAUGUAAACGGUGGUUAUCAGGAAUGUGGGCUUGCAGACUUACCCAACGGACAGACUUCUCUUUUGAGGCAUAUAGAUGGCAGCCCAAGAAUUGUAAAAUAUCAGAGUUUGAGCGGUUUGCAUUCUUGAGAAGAAUGCAGGAUAAAACAAUUGCAUUUAUAGGAGACUCGUUAGGCAGGCAACAGUUCCAAUCCAUGAUGUGUAUGGCCUCAGGAGGGGAAGACAGUCCAGAAGUUGAAGAUGCUGCAAGGGAAUAUGGGCUUGUCAAACCUCAUGGAGCCAAACGUCCUGAUGGAUGGGUUUAUCGGUUCCCAAAUACAAAUACCACCAUUUUAUAUUACUGGUCAGCUAGCCUCUCUGACCUGGAGCCUAUUAACAGCAUAGACCCAGCCUCUGAUGUUGCCAUGCAUUUGGACCGUCCACCAUCUUUCCUAAGACGAUUCCUUCAUCGAUUUGAUGUAUUAGUUCUCAACACGGGUCAUCACUGGAACAGAGGGAAGCUUGCAGCAAACCGUUGGGUGAUGCAUGUGGAUGGGAAGCCCAAUGAGAAUAAAGAACUUGAAGAUAUAAGGAAUGCCAAGAAUUUCACAGUGCAUAGUGUUGUCAGGUGGCUAGAUUCACAACUUCUCUCACACCCCCGACUGAAAGCUUUCUUUAGAACAAUCUCUCCAAGGCACUUCCAUAAUGGAGAUUGGAACACUGGAGGUACUUGCAAUAAUACUGUUCCUUUAACUGGAGGCAGUGAGGUCUCGCAGGAUGAGUCUAGUGACAAAGUUGUUGAGAGUGCUGUUAGGGGUACAAAGGUAAAGAUUUUGGAUAUAACUGCUAUUUCUGAACUCAGGGAUGAAGCUCACGUGUCUGAUUCAAGCAUUAGACCAACUCAGGGUAUCAACGAUUGCUUGCAUUGGUGCCUACCCGGUGUACCAGACACAUGGAAUGAACUCCUUAUUGCACAGAUAUAGGGCCUCACAUGCAUCUGAGAAGGCAUUUUUACGAAGAUACAAUGCGCAGCUGGUAUUCAUCCCAGUUUAAAUGACCUUAAUUCUUUCAUUUCCUCCUUUUUUCCUUGAUAUAUUCUUUCUUAUUGAUCAGAGAAUAGGUGAAUCGUCUACUCAUAAUUCCUCUCUCCUUAUUUUACCUGAGAAUGUCAUUGUUGAUACCUAAAUUUUAGGAGCUAAGAUUGGUUUUAACAUAUUGCUGAGGCUGUUCCAGGUGAACUUGAUUACUAGUUGUAUCAUGUAUUUACAGUACGGAGCUAUUAAUAUGAGAGAAAGAAAAAAUCUUCUUCUCUUACUAUAUCCCAUAUUUUAACCAUUACAUUCAUUUAGGUGUCAUUUCUUGGAUUUUUUGCCUGU